GGGCUCAGGACCAGGAAAUGGCUCCAGAGAUGUCUCGGACAGACUGACCACCUUAAAAGAUGACCUGGCCACUCUGCGGCAGCAGGAGCUGGAGCUGGACAAACACAAGCAGUGGGUGCAGCAGAGCAUCAGGAAUGUCACGGAUGAGGAUACAAACGUCAGGUUAGCCUUUGUGACACAUGAAGAUAUUUGCCAUUGUUUCAAGGGAGACACUUUGUUAGCCGUCCAGGCACCAUCAGGGACACAGUUGGAGGUACCCAUACCUGAAAUGGCACCUGGCAGUAAAAUCAACUACCAGCUUCACUUGAAAAGCCAGAGUGGCCCCAUCAACGUCCUUCUAGUAAACAAAGACACAGACCACUCAGAUCCCAUCAUUGUGCAGGUCCCCCCUCCAGCAGCUGCAGCAGCUGUUGCUAAAGCAGAUGUGAACAGCAACAGUCAGAAUGAAUCUCAGAAUCGGAACCCCAACCCAGAGAAACAUGCAGACAAAGGUGGUACAACAACUAGAAGAAAGCGACCCACCAAAGCUCCCCUCAAGCAUUCUCAGACGGCAGCCAUCAUAGAACCACCCACUCGCAUGGCAACAAGGUCCUCGCCGAGGAAAAGCACACCAGAUACUUUCUCAAGUCAACCGGCUACAUCUUCCCACUCAGCAGAGAUCACGUCGUCUUCAGCAGACUUUGGCCUUGGCAUGUUUAACCAUGAUUUGCUGUUUGAUAAAGAUAUUGAUCUGGCAGGAGAUUUGUUAGAUCUGGAGCAACUCAUAGCAUCAGACGCUCUGGGUCCGCUGCUGUCCUUGAGUCCGCCCCCCAGCGGUAAGGACUACUAUUUUAACCUAGACAAUACGGAAGGGGCCUGUGAUCUCUUUGACGUGGACAUUCCCAACAUAUUAUCUUAG